CCAGAAUUCGUGUUGACAGUAUUCUUUCUUACACGACUAAGUUAUUUAAUUACGCCAGUAACACUAGUUCAUGAUCAAGAAUAAUUGUUGAUUAUAUUACUUAUUGCAAAAUAAUCCUAUUUAUAAUUAUUAUUAAGCUUGUCAGAAGGUAAACUAAGUAGAGAUAUGUUGGUUUAUAAUUUUUUAAUUUAUCAUUAAAAGUUCCAAAAUCAAAUGUUAAAUUUAAUUAGAAAAAUAUCUUGUUUUAAUUAUCAAAUAAUUAACACUUAUCCUAAGAGGAAAGCAAAGAUAUUAUCAGCAUCCUGUUUGAAUAAUAAAAGACUGUUUAUUUUCAUCUGUCAUUCCCUAAAUUAUCUGGCAUAGUGUAUUUGGUAAUUUAUCGAAGAAGAUAAUAAAAAAUAUAAUUCAUCGAAUUUUAAACAAAAAUAAAUAAAAAUUUAAUGUUUUCUUGACACAAGUCAAAAUGAUUCACCACAUAAUUGAUAACUAAAGGAAAUUGUAACAUUUUUUUCUGUCAUCGCUUUCUGAUAAGUCCAACGAGAAAAGAUAUUCAUCAUUAAAUUGAAAAAAUUAAAAGAAUGGGCAUACAGAAAAAAAAAAUUUCAAAGUUAAUAAUAGCCUGGCAAUGAUCACAUGAAUUGUAUAAUAUUCGUAAUAAAGCUACAAAGGAUAGUGCCUGAAAGUGUAGUGUGAUAAAUGUCAGUUAGGAAUCAUGCACCAACAAAGAUACUACUCAAAAAUAAAUAUUCCAAGUUUUAAGUGCAAUGAGUGGCCUAAAAGUACGAACGUGGUGGUUGGCUAUUCUAGGAUUUUUAAUAGCAUCUCUUAUGAUAGUGAAUAAUUUUAUUACUGAUCAAUUUCACAUUGAACAUUUCACCAAUAUCACAUUACAAGAGAACAUUAUUAGAACAGAGGACAGAUCGUUUACCAUCGAGUCAAUACAAGUAUCAGGUUUCUUAGUUCACAAACCAGGAUGUCGAAUAACAGCUUUUGAUCCAGCAGAUUUAGUGGCUAAACGAUUUAUGCAAAAGGAGAAACCUUUGGUAUGUGAAUUCGGAAGUCGAUUACCACUUGUGGAAUCUAAUGAUACUGCUCUGUACAUAAAUUCCAAAGCUUUUGGACAGUAUUAUAACACAUCAAAUGUUGCUGAUUGUUGUUGGCGAACAUUUGAACGAAAAAAAAAUUUCGACAACUUUGUCAAGUACGAAAAGGUGUGCCACCCGUUCGAUAACUCAAACAUUAUUACAGCAGAAUUUGUAAAAGUAGAAUGCUUCAGAGAUAAUAAGCAAAUUUAUAGAGAUUAUCAUUUUUUUGUACCAAGAAAACCUUUGGUUGAAGAAAGAUGUCAUACUAUCCGAAAACAACAACAAAAAGUGCAAAAAGAAAAACAAAAGAAAAAAAAAGCAAUAGAAAAAAAAGAAAACAAUCAAGUAAACAUUAAAAAUCACCUGAGUAUACUAAUCCUUGGUCUUGACUCCGUUUCAAGGAUGAAUUUCCACCGUAUGAUGCCAAAGACUCUAGAAACAUUAGCUUCCUUUGGAGCAAUUGAGAUGAUGGGUUACAAUAAAGUUGGCGAUAAUACGUAUCCAAAUCUCGUGCCAGUAUUAAGUGGUUUAUCAGACAAAGAGCUCCAAUCGCUUUGCUGGAAUUCUACCAAACAGCCUUUUGAUAAUUGUCCAUUUUUGUGGAAAAAUUAUAGUAAAGCAGGAUAUAGAACUAUUUUUGCAGAAGAUGCAUGUUCAAUGACAACUUUUAAUUAUUUAAAGCCUGGGUUCCAAGCUCAACCGACUGAUUACUAUUACAGACCUUACUGCAUAGCUGUUGAAAAUGAUAUAGGAAAUACACAUAAACUUAAUGCUGAUCUUUGUAUUGGCGUUAGAAAGACUUUUGAAAAUUUAUUAAAUUAUACAAAAAAAAUUGUUAGAGAAUUUGUUGAUGACCCUUACUUUGCAUUCUUCUGGGAAGCCAGUUUAACGCAUGAUUUUUUCAAUUUUCCACAACUAGGUGAUGACGUCUACAGUAAUACUUUGAAAUAUUUUAUGAGUGAAGGACUGCUAGAAAAUACACUUUUAAUUUUAAUGAGUGAUCAUGGUAUGAGAUGGGGAGAAUUUAGACAAACGUAUCAAGGAAGAGUGGAAGGAAGUUUACCAAUGGUAUCAUUUGUUUUUCCUGACUGGUGGAAGCGUAAAUAUUCAUUGGCUUGGAAUAAUUUACAGAAAAAUGCUGCUAGCUUGACUACACCUUUUGAUUUGCAUGAAACAUUAAUAGAUUUAUUGAAUUCAGAAAAUAUUGAUGAUGAAUCUAUCAGAAAUCGGAGCAUAAAUAUUAGUGAUGAUAAUUUAUCACGUGGUAUCAGUUGGUUUUUACCAAUCCCUGAUAAAAGAACUUGUUCAGCAGCAGGAAUCCCAGGACAUUGGUGCAUGUGUCACGAAAGUGUGAAUAUCACACUUGAUGAUCCAGUUGUUAAAAAUUCAACGGAAUUUAUGAUUUAUGAGUUGAAUGCAAUGAUUAAAAAAUAUCCACAAUGCUCACAAUUGGCAAUAAAGACUGUAAUCGAUGCGAAAAUGUGGAGCGGUCAAGAUGGAGAUGCUAAAGAUAAUCCUGUUUUAUGGACUGAUUAUACUGUUACAAUUGAAACAACACCCGGUGAUGCUAUUUUUGAAGCUUCAAUAAGACGUAAUAAUACCGGUGGUAAUAGUCUUGUUGGAUCUGUUAGUAGGUUGAACACUUAUGGUAAACAAAGUGCAUGUAUUAAUGAUUCUAUAGCACGACUUUAUUGUUACUGCCGUUAAAAAUGUCUUGAUAAAGCCAUUAUUGCAAAUUGUAUGCGAUAUAUUUUAUAGUAUUUAAAAUAAAAGUUGAUUAUUAAUGAAUAUCUGUUAUAAAGUUUUUAUCUAUUUAAUUAAAGUGAUUUUUAAUUCUUAUUUUUUUAAAUUGACUUUUAUAUUUCAAAGACAUAAAUUUUUUUUUUUAAAUUAGAAUUAAAUUAUUAGAUUGUACAGCUGAAUCUUGUACAGUAGUACACUUUGUGGAGUGUACAUUUUCAAGAGUGCAUGGAUUGACUUGAUUGUAAUUUGAAUCGAGCAAAUAAUUUCUUACACCAAUUAUUGUGAUGAUGAAUUGUAAUUAAUUUUAUAUAAUAUAAUUAUCAAAAGUA